AUCGUCCUAGUAUCCUUCAAGGAUCGAUUGCAAAAUAUCAGUCGCAAUUCCGCGCUCACACAGGCAACAUGCCGCCGGAAAACGACCAUCUCACCUCGUUAGAAAACCUCACUGACCAGGCGAUACCAAUUCCCAUACAAAUCUUCCUCUGGAAACAAGUUGCGCCUUUCGUUCGUCCUAAAUUGGGAAAAUUACACGAAGCAUCAUGCAUGUUUUGUCAACACGCGCCUGGCCAUUACGAACUGAAAGAAUCCUGCAAAUUAUUCGAGAAAGUUUUAGUGCAAAACAUCACAAUUGGUUUAAAAAGUGAUUUGAACGAAGCUUUGAAAGCUCUACCACGUUGGCGAUUAAUACAAGCAUCCCUACCGCAUGUCAUGCAUAGCAUAGCAUCCAUUUUGUUUAACAGAAUGAAAGACGGUAAUUUACAAAUGAUGGGCGCAAUGGAAAGCAAAGUCCUGUACACAUUACACUGGAUAUUAUUAGACGCAGCUGAAGAAUGCUCGGAUGCUGAUUAUGAGAAAGGCAUUUAUCACACGUCGCCAUUUUAUUAUCUAUUCUCUAUACCUACAAUGACGCUGUUUGUGUAUCUAUUCGCCCCGAUAUGUCAAUCAUUGAAAGAAUCAGACUUUCAAAACUUCCGGCUGGAAAACGGAUUGAAAAUCUGGCAGGCAAUGUGGGAUUUCCGUCACCCCGACGCCCCUUGCUUCACCACACACUGUAAACCCAAACCGAAGCUGUUAAACUCCAAAAAUGGUAAAAAGAAUCAAUUUGGAGACAUUUUCUGUGGACGCAAACAUUCAAACGACGAUGGUUUUUCAACGUUUCCCGACCCUCCGUCGACUUCACCGCCGGCGCAAGGACAAAACAACGCGUCGUUUGCUGAUCAAGUGUCACAAGCCGCCGGGCAGCAAGGGAGCGUCACUGUGACUGCCACCAUCACAAAAGCUGAGGAUGAUGGAAAUUGGGUAUCAUCACCAAAAGACACCGUAUUCCCCGAAACCAUCCCCGAAGAGUCCUCCAGCACGGAAGAAGAACACGUCGUCAUCUUCCGACUACCCUCCCUCCACGAAUCCGACGGAUUCCUACGUGAUCCAUCAAUCUACACCGCCGAAACCAGCAUAAUCCAACUCGCAAUGCGCAAAAACGGCAAAUCCGCGGUCACACCAACCGCCGUACUCCCUACAACAACCGACGCCAAACUAAAACACACAACGUCAAUGAACAAAAUGAGAUUUUUGAUAAAAAAAUAUCUUUUUAGAAACUCCAGCUCGUCGACGGACAAGGACAGCAUGGACAGUAGUAGUAAACAACCAUCCACCGAAAUACCACCUGGUGGUGACCCCAGCGGGUCCAAAAAGUCAUUAAUCACACAACACCAUCUCGGUGAUACAUCCGCUGCUACUUUUUUAGAUGUCGCUGUCCUCCGAUGUCUCUUCAUCACACAUUGGCAAGAGGAAGGUAUAUACUGGGCGUUGCAUUACAUGUACAACCGAUUACGGGACAUCAGUGAAGAAACAGCAGCUCAACAACAACCUCGACGAAGAUCCAACUCCCUACCCAUACCAAAAAUCGAGGUUUCUCUUUACCAGAACAACGAAAUUAAAUUACAGGAAGUCAAGGAUUUCAUCGAGGUGCCAUCCCCGAAGGAUGUCUCCCUGUUAGCAGAUGUUCCAGAGUCACCGUAUGUGUCCAAAACUGCUGAGGAUGUUGUUCCGCAUCACCAGCGCCGCUCUAGUGAGAAAACUAAGAAGCGUAUGAAGAUGGCCGACCUCAAAGCUUUUGUUGAGACUAAACUGCUGUCAAAAUCUGACAAGGCGUUGGAGAAAUGCGGCCAGGAUGAUGUCAAACUGCUGGGUGAUCAAGCGGUGGGUUCAAGUUCCACGAUGAUUAAUGAGUAUCAUAGGAGUUUGGAUACGGGUGAUGAGCAUCUGUCACGUCCGAUGUCAACAAUGCGCCCGGAAUGGAUGCAACCUUCUAAUCUUGUCAAAGGCAAGAGUAUGCCGAGUUUAAGCUGUUUGAUUGAUGAGUUGGCGGCUAGUGGAUAUAUACAUUGUGAGGUUCACUGGGAUCGUCCACGACGCAUGCGCACAGUCCCAACACAACCAAUGACAAAUCCAAUUAUAACCGUCACGGAACACACGCCAACUCCAUCUCCGGAUUUCAUGCGUCGUCAGGGAUCAAUCGACAGCCAACUCGACGCCAUCUCGCUCUCCGGCAGUAAACUAAACGCAUGGAACGAGCGUAAACCUAGCCUUACACGUUCACAAACCGAUUCGAACAUAACCUACACAGCGGAUGACAUACCCGAAGCGCCCGGCUCGUUCUGUUACAUCACGAAAGAGGGCGACAUAGAUCUACAAGUUGUCCUCAAAGCAGUGCACUCCGCAUCACUACGCGAUCACAACUGUUGCACAUUACGCGUAUUAGAAGUGAUUUUAAACCUUGUUGAAUUACUCAUGGAUAUGGGCGUGUUGAAACAACUCAUUCGUGACGAAGCAUUGCAAACAGCCACGCCUAUGACAGAAGCCAGUCCUUCAGCUAAAGGUCAACCCAGUGGCGCCUCUAGCGGAGUGAAAGGUAACUCACAAACGCCUGGGAUAGAUGACACAAAACUCAAUGGAACAUCACCGCAUCGAUUAAUAAUGAGUGUUAUCGUAAGGGUUUUGAAACACUUGGGAUGUCCACAUGGUUGUUGCACGGAUGCGCAUCGUGGUCCAGCGGCGGAAUUCCUACGCACGCAGUGUCAAAACAUCAUGAAGAAGUUACUUCGGGCUAGUAGCAAACAAUUCAAUGGAUAUCUACGUGAUUACGUCAGAUAUCAACCAUUACAUGAUCUUUUGGACUUUUUACAUGCCUACGUCGGGUUUUGCAUUGAUCCAAGUUCAUUAUUGUCUCCGUUGAACCAGAAGCGGGGCUCUAGCAAGUCACCAUCAGACAUUCCACUCCAACCACCACCACCAUCAUCAACCACCACCACCACCACCCACUCCACUCUUGGCGUAGGCCUCGGCGGCGGCGGGAUUCGCGGCGUCGAGGGGCAGAUUAUGUCGAAUAUCUUCAAACCGCUCGUCACGCGAUUCGUUAGUUCUGCCAAGGAGUUAAAAGCACCGGAAAAUUUGGCAAUUUAUUGUGACGUGCGACAAUUGAUGACAUAUGUCAAAGAAGCGCAUGGGAGUGUAUUCCGCCGAGUUGCACUCAGCGCCCUCUUGGAUACAGCCGACAGAGCAUCGAAAAAAGAACCAAAUAUACAAACAACACGAGUCAUCCGCCAUUUGCAUCAAGCCGAAAUGGAAGAACAGCAAGAACCAAUCACAGAACCAUCAUAUUCGAUUGAUGAUAAAAGCAUACGGAAAUUAUUAUUCAAAAAACGUAGUACUUCAUCAACAUGUGCUAUGAUUGCGCCGUUUCAGAGUCUGCUGGAGACCGACGGUGAUGACUGCAAGAGUAGCCAGAGCCCUCUAGGCAACAUGCGUAAGAAACAAUACGUUUUGACACCGCGACAGAGUGAACGCACGCUCGGCAUAGCCGAACCACCAUUAAAAACGAAAAAAUCACGACUUGGAGGUAUAGUAAACUGGUUUAAACGCGGAGAUUCCGGAUCCAUCAACGGAUCAGAUAAUCCUGACAGUAAUGAAAGUCUGGAUAGUAAUAUAAUGCGAUCACGGUCUAAAUAUUAUCAUCGCAUGCCUGUCAAAAGCAGCAGUUCGGGUAAUGUCGGGCAAACUCUCCAGAAAGCAAAGCGCCGCGUAGAAGACAGAUUUACACGUUUUGUACUGAAAAAAGGUAAAAAACGAGAUGGCAGCACAGAAGAAUCACCUGGAAGUUAUUUAAGUCGAAGAAAUUCAAUGGAUUUCGGUGAAUCUUCACGAGAAUCAGAAUUCGUUGUGUUUAAAGAACGUAAAUUGGUCCCAACAACACCAAUCUUCCAAGGAAUGGCACGGCUAUCCUUCCUGUUGGAAACCUGCCCGCCUGGCUCAGUCCCUGAUUCACAUCUACUCGCCGCCAUCAUGGAUCUCCCCCACUCCACAGUGGUAUCACGCGCUGCUUUACUCCUCGAGUGUUCUUAUUUUGUACAUUGUUGUAACAAAGGCCUUUGGCCCACAUGGAUGAAACUAGCAUUCCCCAUGUUCCGGCCUUCGGGACCCAUGCCUGUCCGUGGUCAACCCACGGGUAUACGACGCACGCACAUCCUCCAACGUGCAGCUGGUAAGAUGUUUCAUCAAUGGGCCGAGGCUCUGGGUGCACGUUUAGAAGAAUUCAUCAAUGAGGAUAAAAAUAGUGAGGUUAACAUCGCUACGAUGAUUUUGGACGAAGGUAAACAAAAGGAAUUAUUACUACAAGAUGAGGAAGAGGAUUUUUUGGAUGAGGCUAGUAUUAAUAGUUACGGGAGUAGCUGUCCGAUGGCGCUGCGGUUGAUGGCAUGCAUGCUACUCAUGGAAAUCACAGGUUUUCUUAGAGAAACGUAUCAAUCUCUUCCUAAAUCAUCAAGGGUGAUACCAGGGGCUAAGGAAAGACCUCCACCAUGGGAAAAAGUGUAUAGUAAAGAGGCUAACAGAAGGUGGUCCAUGGCGUUGAGUUCCAUGGGUCAUUCCCAAGCAUCCGCGCAAAGUCUGCAGAGUAUCGCUGGUGAUCGAGAAUCUGGUCAAGCCGAGAGGAAAAUUAGUUUUGUUUUGCAUGAACCUGAUAAUGAAGGUAGUGAAGGCAGUUCCAAUACAACUGUUACCAUGCAGGCGUUGUUGCAAGGCGAAGAAAUGAAGCGUAUUAAUCAACCGCGGCCAUAUUUGUUAAGGCGUGGCACAGGCGCAGUGUCAGGCGGGUCUUUCAAACGACGUAGUUUAAAACUACGCCGUGGGACUAAAGAAGGGAAAGAUAUGGAGAACGAGUGUAAGUUAUCCGAAUGGAAAAUACCCGAGACUGUUAAACGCACAGAUUCCAUCCAGUCCAAGCGCAAGGUGAGCUCCAUCUCGGACCGCAGUGAUACUUCUGAACCUGGAGUACCAGGGGAAGCUAGUGGGGAGGAGUCUCCUGGUGUGCUGAGUGAUGAUCAACCUCCGGAGAGUCCCAGUGAUAGUAACGACAGUGAUGAUACAGCUAAAAAUAUGCCGUGGUUGAAGGUUAUGGUUCAAGUUUCUAACUCGUUGUAUUACUACUGCACGCAUCAGAACUAUUGUCAUCCAUAUUGUUACCGCCGUGUGAUGCGUGCAACUACGCGAUUAAUAAAAGCAGUGCGUAAAGUCUACGGUGAAGAAUUCGGCGUCCUUGAAGACCGCUUCAAUGUCGAUAUGGAUAACAAAACACGUAAAGGUAAAAAAGAUAAAAACCAAUCACGUAAAGUGAGUGAUCAGACAUCCUCACAAGUAUCUCCAAUAAGACGUAAAGACAGUGUCGGUAAACGUGACAAAAUCGAAACGGAUAAAAACAAAGAAAAACAACGCGAAAUGAAAUUCAUGCGUGAUUCAUCUCGGGACAUCGCCGAGUCUGAAUGCAGUGAAAGUAAAAAGUCCACAGAAGAAAAACCAAAAGAAACCCCGCCGAUUUUGAAAUAUAUCCGGGCACAAGUUAAAGAUGCCUUUCACAGUCCUCUAGGAGCACUUUUAAAAGGCGCUGUCAUAUUAACAGAAGACCACUAUGUGGAAAUCAUCCCUGUUGCAUGGGAGUUACUCUUGGAGAGUAAUCAAGAAGUGGCCGCAUGCGCAGCUUCUAUUUUCAUCCUCUGCGCAGUGAAAGUCCCUUCACAAGUCAGCGAAUUAAUGCAACAUCAGUUGUCACACAGUGAUGUAUCAGUCAGAAUAAACUCCAUUCUAAGAUUUCAAGUUUUAUGGAAGCUGCGGUAUCAAGUAUGGCCAAGAAUGGAAGAAAACGCGCAUUUAUCCUUCAAAGUACCCCCACCAGGUAUAGAAUUCACGUUACCUUCACCUAAGAUAGGAAUAGAAUCUUUGGAUGUCGUGGAUUCACCCUGGGAGCUUUUGGUGAAAACAAAAGUUGAAGAGGUUACCAUUAAUCAAGAACGACAUAGAUCUUUGGUAACUGCAACUAAAACACGUAAAAAACAACAGACGGAAUUGAUUAAGAUGGCGCUGCAGGCGCAGGAUGAUAAAAAACGUGAGGAACGUGAGAAUUUUUUGAUUACUACUAUUCCUAUAACCGUUCAAGCCGCGCAUGAACCUUCCCUGUAUCACACAAGUGAAGAACACGAAGAGGUUGUUGAUGAUGACCAAGCAGACGCGCCGAGAAACACCGGACAUCAUUUACACUCAGCACAUUCACUGUUUCCAUCUUGUUUAUGCUCAGCUGUCAUACAAAUCAUCAAUUUAUUGGAUGAUGCGGCGGUCUCACCAGAUGGCAGCGCUGUAUAUGAAGUUGCCUAUCAAGUAAUCUGGUGUUGUUUGGUGGAAGACUCCGCUUUAUGCCUCAGAUAUAUUCUUGAACGUCUCACGCGUGAGAAACAGGAUCAAAUGUUUAAAAUUCUACGGCAUUUGAUAAGAUUUAUUCCGAAGUUACCGCAACAGGCUGCGUUUGCUUUGUAUAAUUAUAUUAUAGGUUAUGUUAUGUUUUAUGUGAGGAGUCCGCAUGAAGAAGGGCAGAAAUUAAUCGGAACAGCAUUGUCUAUUCUAUGGAUGGUUGUACACAGUGUGCAUGGGAUUAUGUUUAAAGAUUUGAAGCAGAUUUUGAGGAAGGAGCAGUGUGAUGCUUCGAUUUUACUCACGGCGAAUGUUCCCUCAGCGAAGAAGAUUAUUGUGCAUGGACCGCAGGAUCCAGACGCCGGGGGGAUCCCAUCGCAGUUUCCGGUUCAGGAAGACACGCAAUUCUAUCAGAUUUUGAAAGAAUCGCUGGAUUUCUUUGGGAUUGAUGAGUGUAAACACAAAGAGUUCUUUUUAGUCGACUAUAAAACACAUCAAAUACGUAAUCCUUCUUCCUACGUCCGGGAUUAUUACUUUUUUAAACGUUCACAAUACCCACAAUUGGAAUUAGUCUACAUGAAACCCGAGGAAGCUUUCGAUGCCCUGCAACAACAAGAAUUAGGUUAUAAAUUCGUGGAAAUCGGUAAAGUACUCCUAACCUGGGCAAUAUUAAAAAACGUCGAUAUGGUUGUGCAACGUGUUGUCUUCCUGCAUGAAGAACUAAUGAAACUACCAUCAUUCCCUCGAAAAGCACUGGAAUCCGAUCUGGAUCUCUACAAAGGCGGAAAAAUCGGUAAAAUGUUACUAGGUUUAGACGUUUUGCAUAAAUUCAUGUGGGUGCGACUCAUCGCUCGCAUGUUCGAAGCAAUGGCAGGCAACUUUGCAUACUCCGGUGACAUCCACCUAUUUCUCAAUGUGUUAAACGGCGCUGUCAUAUUACACUCGGAAGAUUCCUGUAUUCUUCGCUAUGUAAUGGCGACGUACAUCAAUGCAGCUUUCCACUUCAAAAACAUUUUCUCUACAAAUGGUUAUUUAUUAAUCAUGCCUACACUAUUGAAGAUUUAUUCUAAUCAUCAGACGAAUAAGUUGGUUACAACUACGAUUGAAUACGCAGUGAAACAGUUUUAUUUAAUGAAUCGCAAGCCGUUUAUCCUGCAGAUGUUUGGUUCGGUGUCCGCCAUGUUGGAUACGGAUGAAGAGGGGACAUAUGGUGAUGCGCACAAGAUCCAAUCAAGUUGUUUGUUUAAUCUGUUGCUGUCAUUGGAGACACCAUCACCUGAUCCGUUGAACAUCGCUGAAUUAGUCAAGGAAGAAAAACCGUUGAAGCCGAUUGAUUUCUGUUAUCAUGAUGAAUACGAAAUGGUGACUAUUCUGGAUUGUAUCUCGCUUUGUGUGAUGGUUGUGAGUUAUUCAUCGGAGAGUAUUCGUGGGUAUCAGAUGUUGGUUAUUCUGGAAGCCAUCUUUCCGUGUUAUGUCGAGCAUAUACAGUUGCCUACGUAUAACAAAGAAGGCAAGUCUGAAAAAGAGAUUAUUAAUCAACUCGCUGUUGCGAUUAAAACUUUGGUGAAUAAUUGUGAAGCUUUGAUUAAGAGUUAUAAUGGACCGUAUAGAUCUAGUCCGGAACAUAAAGGUAGUAGUCAGAGGAAUUAUUCCCGUGGGCCGUAUUCGCCUGGGUUUGAUUUUGAAGAUGAGAGUCAUUCGAAGUUUAUGAGUGAGCAUUCGAGGGCGAAGAGUUUGUAUGAGCAUGAUGUGGAGGAUUCGGAGGUGUUACGUGCGGAGUAUAGGAGACCCAGGGAUGUUUUGUUGUCGUUGGUGGGGGAAUUUGUUUGUAGAGCGUCGAAUCGGUUGAAUGAGCUUUAUAGGAAGCCGAAUCAUGAUGGGAAAACUGUGGAGUUGUUGGAUAUUAGGUCACAUAUUCGUUUAGCAGAAAUAGCCCACAGCCUCCUAAAAGUCUCCCCCUACGAUCCAGAAUCAAUGGGUUGUCGAGGCCUACAACACUACAUGAUGUUUAUUCUCCCCUCCACUGAAUGGGCCAAUGAAGAUCUGCGUUCCUCUUUAAUCAUAAUCCUUCGACGUUUAGACAAAGUAUUCCAAAAGAUUUCAAAAAAACCUUCCAUAAGAAGAAAUACCGACUGGGACGCUGCUGCAGGUCUCCUCAAAGGAAUGUACGACACAAUGACGAAAUACCCCUACAUUAUGCACUGGCAACACGUAAAACAAUUAAUAAACACUUGCCAGACUCUAAUAGUGAGUGAAUGCAGUGUUGCCGAAGGUGUAUCAUCGGCAACCGCGGCGCUGAUGAAUCAAGCGCCGCCAUCACACUUUUGCAGCACAGUGGUGCGUCUCAUCACGCUGCAAAUACUCAGCACGUCGGUGGAAGUAUUUAGUCUGGAACAUGUUGUCGGUGGUAGUUCCACGUUUCCUACGCAGGAACGUACGGAGAAUGUUAUUAUGAAUCUUAUUAUGCCGCUGUGUUUACGUGUUGGGAGUGGAAGGAAAGAUUUGAAUCCGAUGUGUCAGAGUGAUAUUUCUUUCGCGUUGAUGUUGGUGUUACACGCAAUGAGUCCACCGAACACAAAAGGCGCAAGAGACACCAAAACAUCCUCAAGGAUUAAUACAUCGUUGUAUCAAGUUGCUUUCUUAGCUUUGAAGGUUAUGACGAUCUGUUUCGAAGGGGAACUCAUCACUGAUUGGUCGCGAAUCGCCCGGGCAAUGCGUGAACUUGGCAAACGCAACGAAGCAGCAAGUUUCCUAUGGGAUUUCUUGGAUUUUGUGGUUACACAUCGCACACCACUGUUUAUACUCAUGCAACCUUUCAUAUUCCAAAAGUUGGCACAACCACCAAUCUCAGACUUUGAGCGUAACAUGCAUCAGAAAAUCCGUGAUAAAAUCCGUGGGGCAGGUCUCCCACCUCCGAAAUCCCGUGGGGCGCUUCUCAUGGAACUCGCGCAUGAAAUGAAAGACCUCAAAGAAGAAUUAGAAGAUUCGACUUCCUCAGAAGAAAGCACAGACGCGGCGAAGAAGAGCGACGACGGCAAGGCGACCAUGCAUGUGGCGAGCGAGAUCAACCAGCGUCAUCAGCGGCCAUCUUUGAUUGAAUUCCUCACUGGUGGUGAACAUGGCACGAGACACGGAUCAAAAUCUGCACCGAAUGACUCAAAUCAAAAAGAAUCUUCAUCAAGUACGAGUUUUACAUCGAAUCAAGUAAACGCCUCGAUAAGUGAAGGCAACGAGCAGGCUGGAGAUGCAAAUCCGACAACUGAUCGCUCACAACACUCGUCCGUUAGUGACGAACAACCGCAGACCGCUGUGCAGCAAUCGAUGCACAAGUCUGACUCUCUAACCUCCCAGCAUAGGGCGCAGAAAUUGCGCUUUGUCUCUUCCGUAGAGUUUAGACAUUCUUCAGGCGAAACCUCAACGACCCCCCUAAGUCCGGGAAGUCCCGCUGAUGAAAGUUCCGGCGAGACACACGCCCACCACCCAACCACCAAUCAAAAAUCCCGAUUGCAGCGCGUCAAACCGCAAAGCCGGAAAACGUUCCGCUUGCGCAAGAGCCGCAAGAGCAAGCUUGAGGUCCCGCCCACACCACCAAGUCCACCGCAAGGGGGCGCAGCGGAUGCGCACGAUGAGCAGCAACAUCUGAAUAUUGCUGCCGGCUGCGAGCAGCUAGACGUAGAUAAAACCCUGCCAGUGUCACCGCUCUCCAUCGAGAUGAGCCCGCCUCCUGAGUCUGUUACACCAACGCCGAUAUCCAUCGCUAAUCAGGUGCCUACAGGACCGACAGAUCCGCAUCGUUUGAGAAUUGCAACACGCACGAAACACAACAAUGAAGGAUCAUGGGAUGAAGACAGCGCCAUCUCACAGACCUCAUCUACAAGUGGAUAUCGUGAGAGUUAUCCGGUGAUGCACUUGAAGGAAACGUUGGAUUCAAGUCCAAAGUAUCAACCUCCGCUGGCUUCGCCUGAUUUACAGGAUUUGCCGUCGACGAGCAGCACAACAACGAAUAAUUUCAUGCCGUUUGAUAAUAGCUCACCGGAUUGCUCGUCGAUUGAAAAUGGCGGCGAUAAAUCUUCUUUAUUAAAGAAAAGCGACAAAGGAGAGAAGUCAGCAAGUCAAAAGUCGUUGUUACCUGCGGAGGAAGGCCAGGAUGAAACCACGCUGAUAUAAUUUAAUCCCUUUUAGAUUUUUAGGUUAAAGUAUUAAAGAAAAAAGAUUUCCAGAUAAAAAAACAAAGAAGAAAACUGUAGUCUGAAUAUAUCUGUGUUAGUAAAUGACUAGAAACUAGUUCAUACAACGGUGUAGACAUAAUAUAAUUGCUGUUACAACAAA